AUGACAACUAAGACUAUUGCAGUUGAAACAGGUAACAAUGCAACGGCACUGCCGUUCCGUUAUCAGUUCGCUGCUGGGGCUGUUGCUGGGAUAUCAGAGAUUUUGGUAAUGUACCCGCUUGAUGUAGUCAAGACACGGAUCCAACUUCAGCAUGGCAAAGUCAUUGAUGGUGAAGGGUACAAUGGUGUCUUGGACUGCUUCAAAAAGAUUAUCAGGAAUGAGGGUGUGUUGAGAUUAUAUCGCGGUAUUACUGCGCCUAUAUUGAUGGAGGUACCCAAGCGUGCUAUCAAGUUCUCGGCGAACGAUACUUUCACACAGUUUUAUCAACACCUGUUCUCUACUCCGACAGUAACCCAACCUCUCGCAAUCCUCACAGGUGCCAGCGCCGGCGCAACAGAAUCCCUCGUAGUUGUUCCUUUCGAGCUACUCAAGAUUCGACUACAAGAUAAGACCUCUGCAUCACGAUAUAACGGCCUCCUCGACUGUCUCGUCAAAGUAGUUCGCCAAGAGGGGCUAUUGGCACUAUACAACGGUUUCGAAGCCACGUUAUGGCGGCACAUUGUAUGGAACGCCGGGUAUUUUGGCUGCAUUUUCCAAGUGCGGGCUCAGCUACCCGCUCCAGCGACAUCGAGCAACCCGAGAAGACAGAAAAUGGGGAACGAUCUCAUCGCCGGGUUUGUGGGAGGUGUUGUGGGAACGACAUUUAACACCCCGUUAGAUGUAGUCAAGAGUCGAAUACAGAGCGUCGCUAAAACACCUGGUGUAAGGCAGAAGUACGCUUGGGCGUGGCCGAGUCUGGAGGUCGUUGCAAGAGAAGAAGGGUUCAGAGCGUUAUACAAGGGAUAUGUGGCGAAAAUACUUAGAUUUGGACCAGGUGGAGGUGUAUUGCUAGUCGUGUAUUCUGCAGUGUUGGAUAUGUUCGCGAAAACAGCAUAA